UGGGGGUGGGGGUGCGGGGCGCCGCCGCCGCCGCGAGUGCUCCAGUGUGGGAGAGCGGGCGUGCGAGCGAGUGUGCGCGCGACUGAGUGUGUGCGCGCGUGUGUGUGCGUGUGCGGGAGUGUGCGAGAGGGAGCGCGAGCCAGAGGGAGCGAGCCAGAGGGAGCGAGCGGGCGAGUUGCGCAGCUGCUCUGCGCACAGCACCGCCGCCGCCGCCACCAGCAGCAGCAACACCACCUCACUGGCAUUUAGCGAGCGGAGCUGUUAGUUGCGCUGGAGAGAGACGCGCAGGGAGGAGGAGGAGGAAGAAGAAGAAGAAGAGGAGGAGGAGGAGGAGGAGAAGAAGAAGAAGAAGAGGAGGAGGAGGAGGAGGGAGAGGCAGAAAAAGAGGAGGGAGAGGGAGAAGAGGAGGAGGAGGCCACGCAGACCCCAACUGAAACAAAGUAUUUCCAAACCAGCACCCAACUCCACCUUGUGAGACUCCCCAGCAUGGCUUCCGAGGAACUCUACGAGGUAGAAGGAAUUGUUGACAAGAGGAAAAACAAGAAGGGAAAAACGGAGUAUUUGGUGCGAUGGAAAGGAUAUGACAGUGAAGAUGAUACUUGGGAGCCAGAACAGCACCUUGUUAAUUGUGAGGAAUAUAUACAUGAAUUUAACAGACGUCACAAUGAAAAGCAAAAAGAAAGCACGUUAACCAGGACAAACAGGACCUCUCCAAAUAAUGCCAGAAAACAAAUUUCUAGAUCUACCAAUAGUUCUUUUUCAAAGACAUCCACUAAAUCUUUAGUUAUGGGUAAAGACCAUGAGUCAAAAAAUAAUCAACUUUUUACUGCCACCCAGAAGUUCCGGAAAAACAGUUCACCAUCUCUUUCUGGCAGGAAAAAUAUGGACCUUGCAAAAUCGGGUAUUAAAAUCCUAGUGCCCAAAAGUCCAAUUAAAAGCCGGACAACAGUUGAUGGCUUCCAGAAUGAAAGCCCUGAUAAAAUGGACCACAUUGAACAGGAUCAAGAAGAUUCUGUAGCACCAGAAGUAGCAGCAGAAAAACCAGUGGGAGCUUUAUUAGGACCUGGUGCAGAGCGUGCUAGGAUGGGGAGCCGACCAAGGAUACAUCCAUUAGUGCCACAAUUACCAGUGCCAGUAACAGCCACAAUUGCAUCAGCAUUAACAAUAAAUGGAAAAGGUACAUCUACCUUUAUGGAGGCAUUAGCAGCCAAUGGUACAACCAACAUACAGACAUCUGUAACGGGAGUGUCAGCCAGCAAACGGAGAUUUAUUGAUGAUAGGAGAGAUCAACCUUUUGAUAAAAGGCUACGUUUCAGUGUGAGACAAACAGAGAGCGCAUACCGGUACAGAGACAUUGUAGUCAGGAAACAAGAUGGAUUCACACAUAUUUUGCUAUCAACAAAAUCAUCUGAAAACAAUUCCCUAAAUCCAGAGGUAAUGAAGGAAGUCCAAAGUGCACUGAACACAGCAGCUGCAGAUGACAGUAAACUUGUGCUGUUCAGUGCAGUUGGUAGCAUUUUCUGCUGUGGUCUUGAUUUUAUUUAUUUUAUACGACGUUUAACAGAUGAUAGAAAAAAGGAAAGCACUAAGAUGGCAGAAGCUAUUAGGAAUUUUGUGAAUACUUUUAUUCAGUUUAAGAAGCCCAUCAUUGUAGCAGUAAAUGGCCCAGCUAUUGGGCUCGGAGCGUCUAUAUUGCCUCUAUGUGACGUGGUUUGGGCUAACGAGAAGGCUUGGUUUCAGACACCAUACACUACUUUUGGACAAAGUCCAGAUGGAUGUUCAUCCCUCACAUUCCCUAGGAUAAUGGGCCUGGCUUCUGCCAAUGAAAUGUUGUUCAGUGGAAGGAAGUUGACCGCGCAGGAAGCUUGUGCCAAAGGACUCGUGUCUCAAGUGUUUUGGCCGGGAACAUUCACACAGGAAGUAAUGGUUCGAAUUAAGGAACUUGUCACAUGUAAUUCAGUUGUACUUGAAGAAUCCAAAGCUUUAGUACGUAAUAUCAUGAAAGUGGACUUGGAACAAGCAAAUGAAAAGGAGUGUGAAGUUUUGAAGAAAAUCUGGGGCUCUGCACAAGGGAUGGACUCAAUGUUAAAAUAUCUGCAGAAGAAAAUUGAUGAGUUCUGAUGAGAUGCCUAUUGACACUGGAAUUGUAUUUCUUGGACAUCAGGGCAAACAAAUUAUGCCCAUUUUAAAAACAGAUAUAAACUCACCCCUUGCUCAGCUUGGGAACAGGAGUGGACCCUCCCCACCUUUUAUUGUCAAGGGGUUGAAAAGUACUGUAUCAUUUAAAUUUGAACAAAACUCCUUUCUCCCUGAUUUUUUUAAUAUAUAUAUAUAUAUAUAUAUAUAUAUACACACACAUAUACAUAUACACACACACAUAUAUGUGUGUGUAUAUAUAUAUAUACACACACACACACACAAAAUAUCUUUUUAUAUAUAUAUAUAAAGUAAUAUGUGUGUGAGAGCGUGUAUGUAGACACACACACACAAGCUAAAAAAUGAUAGAGUGCACUACGAAACAUCUCUCUUAAGGCUCUAGUUUGUUAUAUAUGGCUAGUACUGUAUCAAAUAGAGAAUGGAUUAAAAAGUGAAUGGUGUUGCAUUAUUUUCUGUGUGGCAGGGAAGUCUGGAAUAAUGCUUUUUUUUUUUUUUUUUUCCUUCAUUAGAAUACAGAAUUGAAACGGGUAUUAGCCAGCCCUUACUUUCACUGCCCAACAAGUCAGUUAAGAUAUAAGGCAUUGUCUCAGAAGAAGGUUGAAAUACCUCAAGUAAUGGAACAUUCUAAAACAAUUUUUUUUUAAGAAUUAAACCCAUCAUAAUUAAAAAAGUCAUACAUAUCCCAAAAAAGAGAGUGUGCUCAGGAUUAAUGCUAAGAAAACACUCUGUCCUUUUUUGGGGGAGGUAUAGAGGGGGUGGGAGGAAUAUAUUUAAUUCUUACCCAGAUAGCAUGAAGAAACCACUGUCUCUUGGGGAGAGGGAAUAAGGGGAAGUGGGAGGGAAACUGAGUUGGGGGGGAGGAAACAAAAAAAGAGCUUGUUUUGCAGUAUUAGUGAAUCACUGAAUAUCUUAUGUAUGAAUAUCCUAAGUUAUAAGUUAGUUUUAGUGGGUUUUUAAAUAGUCUCUGUGGGUUUGAUUUUUUUUUUUUUUUAAUAACUACAUAAGUGCUUCUGUUGCUGGGUGAGAAUACUACUUUAUCUACAGUUUGUUUUUUUUUUUUUUCCCCCUUUUCCUAUUUGCUGGUUUAAUUGAUGUAUUACACCAAAAAAUGCAUUUUAUGUUCAUAAAAUUUUAGGUUCACUUAGAAUAUAUUAUUUAAUAAGUUAAAAUUCUUUUGGCACACUAUAAAGUACAAAAACUCCUUUAAAAAAAAAACUACCUUAUAUUAGAUGUUUAAUGUUCUUUGUCUAUGCUUUUUUAUUAUUUUAAAUAUACACUAUAUACCGUAUGGUGUAAGAGAGUGCCCUGUGUAAAUAGACCUAUUUUGCAUUCCUUUCAGGAGUGGUUAUUGAUUCCUGACUGCAGAUAUCUAUUAUUAUUUGGGUAUCUGUGCUUGCAAUCUUAUUGAAUGUAUUAUGAAGAAUGAAAAAGAAAUCAAACCUUAUUUUUGUACAGUUUUGAAGUUUUUACUUGGAACUGACCCACCUCCCCUUCCCAGUGGAGAGCUGUACAGUGUGUAAAUCUGCCUUUACCUUGGAUUGGUACAGUAUUUUUGCAUCUGUGGGACCUACUUUUUUGUUCUAGUAGUUUGAACUAUAUAUAAACUGUACAAUCUGUAAAGUUUUUAUAGAAUAAAUAUUCAGCUGUGAAAACUGGUUAAAUAAAACUAAUAUUUCUUAACACAUUUUAAA